UCGUUUUCGAAACAGUCAACAUCUUUCAGUCCGACAUGGCUCAGGAUCCGAAGCCACUUUACUUUGCCGUGGGUCCCAGUCCCAACGAGAUCACCUGUCCCUAUUGCCGGACCAAGGCCAAAACCCGGGUGAUGCGAUCCUGGCUGCGGUGUUGCACAAAAAGGCACCACUGUGGUGCCUGUGGAGAGUACUUGGGUGUCUACCGCCGUCCACAGCUUUAAAUCACAACAAGAUGUCAUACUACUGGGAUACCACUUCUACAAUAAACUCUUUAAACCCAUUUUAUUUUAGUUAUUUUAAAACAAUAAAAUCAUAUUUAAUUUAAAUGGUAAAAAAGGCGUUUAAAUUAUAUACCUAUUUAUUUAAAUUAUAAGAAUAAAUGGGAAAAUGUCAAAAAAAUAUAAAUAUGUUUUAGUAUGUAGUUUUAAAAUUUGGCCAUCUUAUACAUAAAUCAACAAUUAAAGAACAUAUUUUUUUCUCUGUAAAUCAAAUGGAAUUUUGUAAUAGUGAGAAUAAUUUAUAUGUUUUGCAUGCGUUAACUUAAUUACCAGACCAACGCCUCAUAGAAGAGACAAAUCGGAAAAGAGAGGUAUCAUCGGUAGCUGGAGAACUCAGAUUCUAAUUUUCCCUCGAAUGAUCUCUUUAGAUUUGGUUUACUUUCAGUCGCCGAUCGCUCUCGCUAGAGUUCACAUCAUGACCGUAGACGAGCCGCAAAUUGUGGCCAUCAGUGUGGGCCACAAGCAACCAGUGGGUUACCUGAAAGAGGAGUCAACAUGGAUCCAUUGUCCUGCGUGCGAAAAGUUUGGAACGAGUGUGGUCAUAUUGGAGGUGGUUACCUGUCUGCAGAGAUUUCUGGGACUCACGAAACUUUG